UGAAUCGCCGUUGUAUCGACCUUGUUCGUAUCCUAUCCUCCCUAGACUGCGUAUGGAUAUUGACAAUUAACGAGCAGUAUUCUUUGCAUCGAUGGCCGCUAUCACAGCCGCGGACGCCAUCGUCGUCAUUGCCACCUGGCGCAGUACAUAUCACACAAUACGACUUGCCCACCGAGAACACAUCAGUGCAUCGUUGACCUAUUUUGUAUGGAGAGAUGGAACGACGUACUUCGGGCUGCUCUUCAUAAUCAAUACUCUCAGCGUCGUAUCCUACGCGACUAAUGUCACACUUGGAGUGUGUUAUCUUGCAACGGCCUUAUCGAGCAUCAUCCUGUCGCGCUUUUUCCUCAACCUAGUUCGAAAAGCGAAACACGCCGACACCAACGGCUCUUCCGGCCUGGCCACACAUAUGCAGUCGCGAUCCACGUUAUACUUCUCCACAUGCAUAUUUAUGCUUGCAGGAUCCGUUUCACUCAUUGCCGAAGCCAAUGGGGACGUCAAGAGUGGAGACGAUGGUGGAAAAGAGGCCGAAUCGGACGAUGAACAUGAAGAUCUCACCGAAGAGGAAGACGGGGGACACUGGCAGGCGCACCGCCACAGCGGGAUAUAUCUUGGUUCUACGCUGUGAACGCCUGGGUUGGUUUGCGGACAGGUCGGCUAGUUGAAGGCGAAGGACAAUGUAGGGGCUCGG